GGCUUCGGGAGAAUGGAAAGAUCCCAGAAGUUAAAUCUGCUUUCUGUUUUGCUGUCCUCUAGUGCCCGGAAUCAAAAUAACCUACUUCCCAGUGAGAGGACGAUGCUCCGCCAUGCGGAUGCUUCUCGCCGAUCAGGGGCAGACAUGGGAGGAGGAGGAGGUGAAGAACAUUGACCAGUGGUUCUCCGGAGACCUGAAGGAUGCCUGUGUGUUCGGGCAGCUGCCGAAACUACAGGACGGGGACCUGGUCCUGUUCCAGUCCAACGCCAUCCUCCGUUACCUGGGACGCAAGUUCGGGAGUUACGGGAAGGACAUCAUUGCCGACGGGGAGGUCGAUAUGAUCAACGACGGGGUGGAGGAUCUGAGAAUGAAGUACGGCACCCUCAUCUACAAGAACUACGAGACCGGGAAGGCCGAUUUCAUCAAAAGUCUCCCGGAUGAACUGAAGUGGUUCGAGAGACUCCUGAAAAGGUUCAACAAGGGGCAGAGCGCUGGAUUCAUCCACGGGGAGAAGAUCUGCUACGCCGACUACAACCUGACCGACCUGCUGGGGAACCUGCAGACUCUGGCGCCCUCGUGCCUGGAGGGGCAGCCCCUGCUGAAGGCCUACUACCAGCGGGUGACCUCGCGCCCGGCGCUCAGCAAAUACCUGCAAAGCGACGCCCACACCAAGCGGCCCAUCAACGGCAACGGGAAGCAGUGACCCUCCGGCCCAGCAGCCACCGGAGGGGGGGGAGAGAUUCCGACCAACUCCGAGAGUGGGAGGGACAGAGAGAUCGAGGCUAGUGCACUCCACACACACACACUGACCACUCUCUGUUCAAUCAUCUCUCUCAAGAAGGGCCUGGGACAGAGAUAGAGGCCACUGGGCCCCUCGCUCACUCACACACACUCAGACCAUGACCAGUUCAACAGUCCCCCUCAAGAAGACUUCCAACCUCUUCCCGCCCACAGAUACAGACCUCCAGCCUCUUCCCGCCCACAGAUACAGACCUCCAGCCUCUUCCCGCCCACAGAUACAGACCUCCAGCCUCUUCACGCCCACAGAUACAGACCUCCAGCCUCUUCCCGCCCACAGAUACAGACCUCCAGCCUCUUCACGCCCACAGAUACAGACCUCCAGCCUCCUCCCACCCACAGAUACAGACCUCCAGCCUCUUCACGCCCACAGAUACAGACCUCCAGCCUCCUCCCGCCCACAGAUACAGACCUCCAGCCUCCUCCCGCCCACAGAUACAGACCUCCAGCCUCUUCCCGCCCACAGAUACAGACCUCCAGCCCCUUCACGCCCACAGAUACAGACCUCCAGCCUCCUCCCGCCCACAGAUACAGACCUCCAGCCUCUUCCCGCCCACAGAUACAGACCUCCAGCCUCUUCACGCCCACAGAUACAGACAUUCAGCCUCUUCGUGCUUGACUAACACACACACACACGCGCGCACUCUCCCCUCUCGCUGUUUGGUAUGAAAUAAAGUUUCCUGAACUUCA